GAUUAUCUGUACCAAAACCCUGCCUUAUAAGAUUCUCUAUGACUGUGUCAACUACACAAAUCAGAAAGAAACUACGUACACACAAUAUGAAGUUUAUUCAGGGCCUCCUCAUUGUUCUGGUUAUAUUGAAAUGGUGCAGAGCUUUGGAAGUCGAAAAGGAGGAAGAAAAGUGGAGUAUGGUAAAAACAAAAGGCACCCAGUUCGUUCUGAAUGGGUCACCAUUUUAUGUGAAUGGAUUCAACACAUAUUGGUUGAUGGUGCUUGCAGUGGACCCAUCCACUAAGCCUAAGGUCUCAACUCUAAUGAAGGAGGCUGCUUCUGCAGGGCUUACAGUGGGACGAACUUGGGCUUUCAAUGAUGGAGGUUGGAGGGCUCUUCAGAAAUCUCCUGGAGUUUAUGAUGAGGAUGUCUUCAAGGGUUUGGACUUUGUUGUAAGUGAAGCCAAGAAGAAUAAAAUUAGGUUGAUUUUGAGCUUGGUGAACAACUGGGAUGCUUAUGGAGGGAAAGCACAAUAUGUGAAGUGGGGGAAGGAUGCUGGUUUGACUCUCAAAUCUAAUGAUGAAUUCUUUUCUAAUCCAACGCUCAAGGGCUAUUUCAAAGCACAUAUUAAGGCUGUGUUAAACAGGGUAAAUACAUUGACAAAGGUGACAUACAAGGACGAUCCCACCAUCUUUGCCUGGGAACUAAUGAACGAACCUCGGUGUCAGUCUGACCCAUCUGGAAACACGCUGCAGGAAUGGAUCCAAGAAAUGGCUUCAUAUGUAAAAUCAGUGGACCCAAAACAUAUGCUAGAGAUAGGAAUGGAAGGGUUUUAUGGGCUCUCAGCUCCAGACAGAUUACAAUUCAACCCAUAUAGUACUACACAAGAUGAGGGUACAGACUUUAUCAGAAAUCACCGGGCACUUGGCAUUGAUUUUGCCUCUGUUCAUAUCUACACAGUGGGCUGGAUUGACCAAUACAUUAUUCCAAAACACCUGCCAUUUGUGAAGAGCUGGAUACAUGCUCACAUUGAAGAUGCAGAAAAGACUCUCAACAUGCCUGUACUUUUUGCUGAGUUUGGAGUAUCUGAGAGAUAUGGAGGAUACAACAUCAGCUACAGAGACACAUUUAUGCAGACUGUGUAUGACGGCAUAUUAAAUUCCAUAAAGAGUGGGGGAGCUGGAGCAGGUACAUUAUUAUGGCAGCUGUUUCCUGAAGACACAGAAUAUAUGAAUGAUGGAUUUGCUAUUGUGCUUUCAAAAGCUCCUUCCACAGCUAAGGUUAUAUCUUUGCAGUCAAAGAGAUUGGCUACUUUUAACAGCUUGUGCAAUUGGAAUUGUCGAUGGGGAUGCCAUACUCAUCAUCAAUCUACCUCUUCAAUGUGUGAUGAUGAAUUCGAGCAAGAUCUCAGCUUAGGGGAGCUUUGAUAAACAUGCCACUGCGUAUGGGCAUGAAUAAAGCUGUGUUUUCACUGAUUUAAAUGUGCUGUUGUUUGUAAGCUUUGUGUUAUUAAUUCUGGUAUGGAAGUUGAAAAAUUAAGGAUUGUAUUUGAGAGUUCAGAUAGCAGUUUAUGAGUUUAUAAUUAGUUUGUGAUCUGUAUGCAGAUCUUAGCUCUCUUGCUAGUUUGCUUUUUUAGUAGUUUUCUUUCCAGAAAUAGUGUAAAAGGCAUGGAUCAGGCUCUAGAAAAGGUGGUGCAACCAGUCUAUAUAGUUGGUGGUGUGGAAGUAUGAGUGUAUAAGAUGUAAGGGUAAAAGUGGAUAUUUUAUAUUUAUAUUAUUUAGGUAUUUUUUAAUAUUA